AAUAUUAGCGCAACACACUCGGAAACCAUGACCACCUAUGGAGUUGUUAUAAUUGUAGCUUCUAGUUCUAGAUGCUAACGUUACCGGGUAACGUUAGCUAAAUGACUGUCUGAUGCUACAACCAGAGCCCGUCUUCUUUGCUACAACCAAAAACACCCAGUAAAGAAGAGAUAGGCAGGCAGCAGAGGAGUGAAACUGAAGAUUCUUCUCUUUCUGAUCACUUAAAAAGUUGUUUUCCCCGACAGCAUGAUGAUUCAGUGUGCUGUACUUCUCCUACUGCCCUUGCUGGGGCAGUGUGCACUAGUGUGCAGUCCUACUGACUGUGCAGAGCUGUGGAGGAGUUGCAGCUCCAUCAGUGGGGUUCAGACCAUCUAUCCUAACGGUGCUGACUCUGCCGUUACAGUUUACUGUGAUAUGGGCUGUGAGAACAACACCAAGGGAGGAUGGACUGUGUUUCAGAGGAGAUUGGAUGGCACAGUGACUUUCUUCAGGUCCUGGGAGGAGUAUAAGAAAGGGUUUGGGUUUGCCUGUGGCGAGUACUGGCUGGGAUUGGAUUUUCUUCACCAACUCACCAGAAAUAAAGCAUACGAGCUGAGAGUGGACAUGGAAGACUUUGAGGGCAACAGGGCUUUUGCCAGGUACUCCUCCUUCUCUGUCGCAUCAGAGGAAGAGGGAUACAAGCUGACUGUGAGUGGCUUCACCAACGGAGGCGCUGGAGACUCUCUGUCUUACCACAACGGGCAGAAGUUUAGUACGUUUGACAAGGACCAUAAGGACUGUGCCAACACCUAUCUUGGGGGGCACUGGUAUAACAGCUGCCACUAUUCCAAUCCCAAUGGUAUUUAUGCGCAUGGUCCUACUAAACUCUUUGCUAUUGGUGUGAAUUGGCUCUCAUUCAAAGGGCACUAUUACUCACUGAAAUCCUUCACUAUGAAGAUUAGGCCCCUGGCUUAGGCAGCUAUGAAAUAAGAUAUAUGGCAGAAGUGAUGUACCACUGAAGGAGUGCAGAUUAUUCAGACUUUCUGACUAUCAUUUUCUUCAAUGUUUUGAAGUGUGUAUCUGUUUCAUUACCAGAGCCUAAUCAGGCUAAUUAAUGAGAAUGCUUUAGGCAUUUUGCUCAGCUUGAAACAUACCUGUUCCCUUUACAUUAGUCAUUUCUUUCUUUUUAACAUGCAUACUUAAAUCUCUUUGCAACCAAGAGUUACCUUUGUAAAGUAAAGUUGUAAAAGUCAGUAAAGUUUAGCCAUUGCCUAUCUGUUUCUUUACAUUUUAUGCAUUCUUGAUUUAUCUGGUGUAUUUGCCUGUCUUGUUUUACCUUUUUCAUUCAUUCAAUUUAAUUGAUAUUUCUUUGCAUUUAUGUUUAUG